AUGCAGAGGGUCGGUAACACCUUCUCCAACGAGAGCCGGGUGGCAUCGCGGUGUCCCAGCGUGGGCCUUGCUGAACGGAACCAGGUGGCCACAAUGCCGGUGCGGCUGCUCAGGGACAGUCCGGCAGCUCAGGAGGACAAUGACCAUGCCAGAGACGGUUUCCAAAUGAAGAUGGAUGCCCACGGCUUCGCCCCGGAGGAACUGGUGGUGCAGGUGGAUGGCUAAUGGCUGAUGGUGACCGGACAGCAGCAACUGGACGUCAGGGACCGGGAAAGGGUCAGUUACCGCAUGUCACAGAAGGUGCACCGGAAAAUGCUCCUGUCCAACCUGAAUCCUACCGCCAUGACCUGCUGCCUGACCCCCUCCAGGCAGCUGUGGGUCAGAGGCCAGUGUGUGGCGCUGCUCCCUGAAGCCCAAACAGGACCAUCCCCGAGACUCAGGAGUCUCGGCUCUAAGGCUUCCAACCUGACCCGGUAAACAAACGACACGAU